AUGAAUGUGGAUCCGGUGAAAGAAGAAAAGAUGGAUUGCGUCGAUCUGCAAACACCGAUGGCUCGAAAGGUCCGAACUAGUCACCGAAGAGAUGAGUACUUUAUGGCUCAAAAGGUUUCAUCGAUUGAAACAACACAUCAUGAAUAUGAUCCAUAUGCAAUUCUUGGCCUUGAUGCGGGUGCAGAUGUGGCUGAAGUGAAGAAAAAAUAUCGUGACCUCUCAAAGAAGCAUCACCCUGACAGGGGAGGCGAUCCUAUCGAAUUUGACAAAAUUGCUAAAGCAUACCAAGCAUUGACUGAUGAUGAGGCAAGGGAAAAUUGGGAGAAAUAUGGAAAUCCGGAUGGGCCAACAGCGAAAACGUUUGGAAUUGCUCUCCCAAAGUGGCUCGUUUCAAAAGAAUACGGUCUCUGGGUGCUCGCUUUUUACGGCUUGAUCUUCAUGAUUGUUUUGCCCGUUGGAGUGGGUUUUUGGUGGUAUAAUUCGAUCAAGUAUAACCACGACAAAGUGCUUCUGGAUACAACGCAAUUGUUCUUCUACUUUUUGCAUAAAACACCAAAGAUGGAGAUUAAUAGGAUGUUGAUGGUUCUUACGGGUGCUUUGGAGGUUUGGAAAGAACACAACAAGGAAAUUGUUGAAAGAGAAACUGACGAUUUCACUUUACCCACACUGAUGAAACAUUACCCAAAUCUUGGAGAAAACAAGAAGGAAAAACCGCUUUCUUUUCCGUAUGCACUAAAGGCUAGAAUUCUUGCAUAUGCUUACUUAGGACGCCAUGAUCUCGAAAAUGAUGAUUUAGAUGUCGAUCAGAGAUACAUAAUCUCCCGUGUGCUCCGAUUGGUUGAGGAAAUGAUAUCUUGUACACAACAACUCACGUUUUACUCACAGGCUAAAGUUCCCUUUGAAACAAUGAAAAAUGUUUUCAAGUUGAUGCCCAUGUUCACACAAGCAUUAUGGCCAAAGUAUUCACCUCUACUUCAGUUACCUCACAUUGGCGAGCAAAAUCUUGGCUUCAUUAAAAGAAAUAAAGUCCACACCUGUGCCCAACUCGCAAGGCUAGAUGAUGUUAAAAGACGGCAGGUUUUGAACUCGUUGAGUGAUUACCAAUACCGAGAUGUACUUGUUGUUCUGUCAUCCAUGCCACAGCUGCAAAUUGAAACAUCAUUUGAAGUUCUCGGCGAAGAAGACAAACACGAAGUAACAGCAAAGUGUCUUGUUACACUGAAAGUGAAAUUGACGCGCCGAAGUCUCCUCGAUAAGGAUAACAUUCCUGACGAUAAUCGAAAAGAUUUUGAUGACAAUAGUGAUAUUGAAAAGAUUUCCGGGGAUGAAAAUGAAGGAGAUGAUAAAAAGGAGCAAGAAGAUAAAAAGCCCAAGCGCAAGGCAUGGGAAAAGCAACCAAAGAAAGCGAAGGGAAAAGAGGCUACUCUACGAGAGGUUUCUGUUCUCUCCGAGCCAGUCUUAGGACAACUGCGU